ACAAGGAGAGUUUCCAGGAUCCUCUAGAGAUCGAAAGGUGCGGAAGGGAGGCGGGCGCCUUCCUGGAAAAGAAGUGGGUCAGGCUCAACUGAAAAGCAAGAAAGAGGAGAUUCCGGAACUAGAUGUAAAAGUCCUUUCUGCCUGGAGCUUUCCGGACCCAAUUAGAUGUUGGACCCGGUCUGGUUACCCUGGUAACAGGUGUCGCUGUUUGUCAAGGAACCGAGAGAGGAGUCCUAUCUUUCCACAGACUUAAGAGGCCUAUUCACCUCAAUCAUGGAGUCUUCCUCAAAGGGUCUGCUCACCCAAGUUACUCAGUUCUGGAACCUCCUAGACGAUCUGGCUGAAAGCAACCCUGAGGGCUACGAGAAGUUUAUUCAACAGCAGCUGAAAGAAGGGGAACAGCUCUGUGCCACCCCAGAACCAUGGCUCUGUCUACAAACCAGGAUCCUGAAACCAAAGGAAAAAAUACUUUUCAUCAACCUGUGUCAGUGGAAAAGGAUCCCAGCUCCCCAGUCAAACACUCAUCCGGUACCUCUAAGUAUUGGCAGACCAGAAGAUAGGUUUGAGACAUCAGAUGUUUAUACAGUCAUCGAUGUGGCCUACAAUCCUGAUGUUCUCCAGGCAGCAGAAAAGGACCAAGUGAAAAAAGAUCAAUUAAUACAGAUGGCCAUGAAAUGCAUUGAGGAAAAACUCCAAUUCACUCUCUCACACUCUUACGGCAUUACUAACUUUAGAAUAAAAGGAAGCAUUCAAAGGAUGAAACAAAAUCUGUUGAGAAUGCAAACUGACCCCACAAAUUUAAGAGAGAAAAUGAAAAAGGAACUAACCCUUGAACAGAUAAGUAGUACUGUGAGCAAUCCAGACACCUUCCAACUUUUAUUGCCAAAAGAUGAAGUUUCAAGCAAAACAAGGUGUCUGAUAGAGGAGAUUUCCAGUACAGAGAGCCAGGUAGAGAUGAAGGAACCAGCCUAUGAAUUAAAAAUUGUGGCUGAUCAGAAUGAGAAACCUCUGAAAAUUGAAAUAAAAGUUGAAUUACCUGGUAUUAAUUCCGCAUCUGUCUGUGACCUUAGUGUUUCUGAGGAUGACUUACUGAUUGAGGUCCCUGAAAAGUACAGAUUAUAUCUGAAUCUUCCAGAAUCUGUGGAUACUGAAAUGACUACAGCAAAAUUUAUCAAAGAGAAAGCUACAUUAAUCAUCAUAAUGCCACUGGUAUAAGUCAAGAGCAUCAUCUGCUUUUGGGUUUUCAGUGCUACAGGCAUGUGAAGGAUAGGACCUUCAUUAUGGGUGAAGAGGUAGUGGUUUAUCUUCAAUACUGGUUUCAUGUUUCCUAAGAGUUCUUUUGAAUGAAAUGAGAUUUUCUCAUCAACAUGUUUAUACUUUUUUUUUUUUAACUCCCCUCACACUUGGCUAGAAGCAGAAACUAUUAAAACAGUAUUGCUAUGAUA